AUGACCAGAAGUUGGCGCAUGGCUUUUGUCACGGCUGUGGCAUUGCUGACAAUCGGCUUCGGUUAUGCCGAGUACGUCAUACCCGUCAUCAAAGACUGUGCCGCCAACGAAACAUGCUCGGUGCAACCAACGACGGUGACGGCUACGGUGAUGGCGACGACAAAAAAUGUGCUCAAAACGACCACUGUCGGAGAUGGUGAAUCGAAGAUAGUUCGUUACGACGUCCCUGGAAACGAUUCCAAAGGAUCCACACUCAAGGACGUAACCUUGGUUGAUGACAGAACCGUCGUACCACUUAGCGGUGACAAGACGAACGGUUCCAAAAACGCUACUUCUAACACUUCAAACAUCGCUGUCAUUGUUAAACCUCCCGUUGGAAAAGCGAAUGCAAAGGCAACUGAUACAAAUUUUCUAGUAACAAAUGCCACCAAUUCUACCAGUACCACAACCACCACCACCACCAUACCUGCCACCAUCACUACCACCACCACCACCACUGUCUCCACAGAACUUACUAGUGUCUCGCCGCGGAAAUACUUGUCCGAAUACGGCGCCGAAGUUGUACAUUUCGUUUCCAAUAAAUAUUGCCACUGUGACCUAAUUUAUGCCAGCUGCGACAUAAAUUGUUGUUGUGACAAAGAUUGCACCAGUCACGAUUUAAAGACGUUCACAUUGUGUCCUGAUGAACCCAAAUCUACUUUAAUAAAGCAAGAGUCGAUAUUUUUUGAUUCUUCGUUAUUUUACGUAGUGAUUGAAAACGUACCAUCGGAUUAUUUUUAUCCCGAACGAGACACCAUCGAAUCUGAAACGCAAGUCGUAACUUCUCUUCGAAAACGGGACGUGUUCACUUGGCAUGAUGAAAAGAUUAUCAGCAGACAUCAUUAUCCUCACACUUCUACACUUCAAGUGAAUUCCUCCGUAUUCAAUAACUACGACCUCACUUACAAGUCUUUGCGAUGGAUGUUUAACAUUGUGCCUGAUGUAAAUUAUCCCGAAAUAAAACCAUUCGGAUUGAAAAACAGCGCUAUCGAUUCACUGUGUAGCGUCGAACAACCUGUUGAAUAUUUGAAAACAAAAGAAACAAACUGCAAGACAUUCGUAUCCAAUCUAACGGAAGUUUGUAACAAUCAUUCAGCGUUGAGCUUCAAAUUCUACUAUGACGAAAGAGGGCUGUUCAAAGUGGUGCAACCCAUUUACAAUAGCGUCCAGAAGACCGAGAAAAUCGGUUUGGUUAACAUCCAAGCGACGACCUAUCACCACUGCGUCUCGGUGAACGGAUCAUCGUACGAUUGUCAAGUUGGCAAAGUUGGAGUCGGUAACAGUAGAGAAGACUCUCUGUAUCGUCCGCGCUACGAUCCGGUUUACUCGGACGGUGUUUGUCGUCGGGUAGUCGAUACGGUCAAUUACUUGGUGGUGCACAACGGAUCUAGAGGCGUCCGUCGUGUAGACGUACACUUCUAUCACCGAGACGUGCCGGACGCCGGUCGUCCCAUCUACCUUGACCAGAAGUUCGGUGUUCGUUUCAUUUGGGCUACGGUCCAGUCAGCAGUGGACUCGUAUGAGCGGAGUGGCAAGCCCGGUUACGUGACUGGGAACCCAGUGCUGGUAACCAUGGCCAGCAAAGAUGUAGUUAAACUUCGAAUCCCAAAGAUGAUGAACUUACCGGAACCAAACGGGUACGGUGUGUGCGAUAUUCAUACUACCGGACCUCGACAGUUCGUCAACUUUCUGGAGAGCGUCGAUGUCCGGUGUCACGUUCAAGUCAAACACCGAAGUAUGCAAUUAUCCAAGAAACCUGAAGAUCAUACUACCCCUGGUGGAGGCGUAUCAUUCGUAGACAUUUGUAACGAUAUUCAAAACGAAACGAUGGCGGUGCUCGGAAAUUACGAAGGCGCCCUGGUGGCCAGUCUCGGCGACCCGGACGUGUCCAGGUGGAUUCCGUUCGUCGUCGUCAAACCGCCCGCACAACAAUCGCCGCUCACCGAACACUCGUGCCCGUCCGUCACGGACGGCGUGCACAUACGGGUGUUGUACUCGCACGUGGGCCCGUUCGACGGCCCGCAGGCCACCGUGCUGGGCGUGCUGGCCAAUUACACUUCGUCGGCCGUCACCGUCAGCGGCAACGGCGAUCGAUCGGUGGUCGCCGAAGUGCCGGUCAGGGUAACCGUGGUGUUCGUGGACCUGACCCGACCGCCCGUCCGGACGUUCGCCGAACCGCCCACGUACGAGUUCAGGCUGCCCGAAGACUUUUACUACCCGUUCUGGUCGUCCGGCGCCGGCCGACCGUCGCGCUCGGUCCACAAAGUCCAUUUCGUCGUCGUCGUCGGUCUGCAGCUGUUAUUGUCGUACCUACACUGCUACGGAUCGUACUCGUCGCGCGUACCUGUUUAGCGUGCUGUACACGAGGCAUAUCACCUGUACGCAUAGGCGCCGCCUGGAAUUUUAUCAGGGGGGGGUACAUCGUGCAAAUAGGUAUACGCUAAUUUCUAAAUAAUGCUUAUAUACGUACCUAAUAAUAAUAGUUAAAUACGUAAUAUAAUAUAAUAUAAUGUAGAUAAUUAUGCAAAAUAAAAUAGUUUCAAUACCAUUCAAUUUUUUUAAUUUAAUUUAAUUUUUUGUAAAGCCAGGGGGAAUGCAAGUGCACCCCCUUGCACCCCUCUCGCGGCGCCGCCGAUGCGUGUACGGUGUCCGCUUCCUCCGUGGCGGACAAUAAAUCACGAUGAGUUGCUAAAUAUAACUAUUAUUUGCCGAUUUGACAUUUUUUUUCCAUAAUAAUAACAGAUAUAUCUGCGUUGUGUAACGUACACGGUAUAUUUUGUGAUUUGACAACAAAAUAAACCUUACCUCGCAGUAUAAUUAUAACGGAAUACAACUGUAUACAGUCGAUUACGGGUGUUGAUCAGUUGCCCUCAACGGCUGUUUUUGGCAUUUUAAAAAUGUAUACCAGCUGCAGUCAAAGACGGUGAAUCUACCAAUUUCCCUCAAACUAAUGUACCAGUUGCCCUCACAUAUUAUUAUAUAUAAUGAUUAUAAUACCAAUACCAAACUGUAAAAUAGAAUAGGUAAUAAAUGAUAAUCAUAGUAAAUAAAAAUAAUAAAAAUUGUAUUAAUAAUAAUAUAUAGCUUGGUACAAAGAGAAUAUUUUAUUAUUUUACCUGUAGAGUGUGUAAUUUUAGACGCUUCUAGGUAAGUAUAAUUAUAAUUAUUGUAAUUAUUCUUAUAUCGUACCUAUUCAUAUUAUUUUUAUAAAUGUUAUCUAUCAUUUUUACUAUUUUUUAUUAUUUUAAUUUUUUAUGUUACAAAUUAUAAUACCUAGGUACGUAUCUUUAUCAUAUGCGUAACUAAUGGGGGGGGCUUGGGUGAGCUUUAGCCUCUCCAGAAUUUUUAGAUAAAUGUAUGUGCUUAUAAACAUAUAGUCUUAACUUUUUUUUUGCCUACAAUAUAAAAAAAUAUAAUUACAUAUAAACGAAUAAUCAUUCAAGCAAACACCAAUAAGUGAAAUAUCUGGUUAAUCUCUAUUAAUAGAAACAAUAAAUAAUAAUCUAAUUAAAAAAAAAUUUGCUACAAAACAUUUUUAGGAAUCUAGCCUACCUAACUUAAAUGACUAGUUACACCUACGAUCUUUAUAUACUUACCAAUCUACCUAAUAUAUAAUUUGUAAAUGUCAAUUUUUUUUAUCAUUUUAUACUAUUUUACCUAAUUAACAAAUUACAUAUUGUCAGGGACGUACACAGGGGGGUGUUUUGGGUGUUCAAACACCCCCUGAAGUACUUGGGUUUUUGCAUGGUUAAUUACUUAGGUAUUCAAUUUCAAUAUUAAUUUUGUUAUAUCAAUAUUUGUAUUUUAAAAAAGUAUUUUAAGUAUACCAAAUUUUCAUAAUUUUUUUUUGUAUAUUUAUUAAAAAAAAGUUCUACUUUUCAAUAACUGAUUUUCAAAAACAACCACCAACACUUUUUUCUGCGACGAUGUCCCUGCAUAUUGUUUGCCACUUAUAAUAAUUGCACUUAGAAAUAUCAUUAUUAUUUACAUAUUUACCUCCCCUAUUUUAUGGAUUGGUAUUAUAAUCAAUAAUCAAGUAUAUCCAGUGGUGUUCCCAUGAAUUUUUUUGAGAGUAUAUCUGAUACUAUAUCAUCAAAUACGCAUGUAUUAUGGAUUUAUGGGUAUACGCAGUUACCCAUAAUAUUGAAAAAAAAUCUUGAGAGUAUACGGCGUAUAUGUAGUAUACCCCUGAGUAUAUCAGCAGUUCUCAACCUUUUUAUCGUUCCAUACCCCUAAGUUUAAUAUUUUGCUAGAUUG